AUUCACAUCUUCCUUUUCUUCCUCCCUCUUUCACCUUUCCUCUCUUUUUAAAACAAAUCUAGGGUUUGUACACAACGUUAAAAUCUCAAAGGCCAAAAGUUUAAGAACAAGGAGCAAAUCCAUUCUCCUAUUCCCACGCAGCACACAAAAAUGGCCGGAAAUCCUGCCCCACCACUUCCCUUGAAGUCCAGUUCCUCCGCGCCCGCUUUCAAAUCAAACGCCUCGGGCUCAAGCCGCGGCCACGAGCCCGCCAAGGCUUCGUCCACCUCGCCAGCGGCGGCAGAGCUGCCGGUCCCGAUCCCGUCCGACUCGUUGGUCGCCGUGCUUGGCGUCGUCGGCGAGCUUAGUGCUCGUGGUCUUCUCCAGGGGUUUACGAUCCCGGAGGCCGGCGGGCUCACGGACGAGGGCGCGUCCGCUGUGUUCGACGGCAUGCUCACGGCCUUCCUCGCCGAGCAUGGGGUCGACCCCGCGGCUGCCUCCUGCCUCCCGAUCCCCCCGCCGCCGCUCGGGGACGGGAAGAAGGUAGAGCUUGUCAGUCUGUUCCUCGCCGUGCGCGCUCGCGGCGGCUUCUCCGCCGUCGAGUCCUGGGCUGCCGUUGCCGAGGCGGUCGGGCUUGACCCCACCGCCGACACGGCCGUCAAGCUUCUGUACGGUAAGUAUCUUGCGCUCCUGGAGCAGAGCUGCGAUAAACCCUUAAAGCAGGACCACAUGGUGGUGAGCAGCGGCAAUGCCGACGUGCUCAUGGGCUCCAAGAAGGAAAGGUUCCUGUCGCCGAUCAAGUGCCUCACCAGUACUGCUGGAUCGGCGUCGGCGCACCUGAAGCGGAAGAGAGAAACGCUCGUGGGGAUGCUUGACUGGGUUCAUCUUGUGGCGAAGAACCCAGGUAAACAAGGGAAGAAUCGUGCUGCUGGCCACAAACAGGCAGUGGUUGUUGAACUACGGCGACAGAUGUUCGCAGACAAAGAUUGCCUUGCCCGAGAGGAGCUCGUGAAGACGCUCAACUGGGUCCGCCUUGUGGCGAAGAGCGCAGGACACCCGGGGAUCAUCGGGAUGAAUAAUCGUCCAGACCACUUAGCGACUGCUGUUGAGCUCAGGAGCGCGAUGUCGCUCGUGGGGAUGCUCGAAUGGGUUCGCCUUGUGGCGACCAGCCCAGCUGAACCGGUGGUCAUGGAGGGGAAUUCCCUCAGCUACCGCUCCACAGCGCUUCUGUUCCGGGAGCAGAAGUUUGCAAAUAAGAAGUGCAGCAGGUGGUCUGCUGCAUCGCCGCAGAGUGGAAUUUCAAUUCGUCCUUGUGGCCAAGCAGACAUUCCAGAAUGGACCGGGAAACGUUCAUCGCCUUACGAUGAUCCACGCACACUGAGGUUUCUUGGAGAACCUAUUCUGCUUCCAGGAAGUACCGAACAUCUUGAUGGCGCUUCCAUUGGAAAAGGGAGGCAAGAUGACUGCAACUGUCAGUUCCCAGGUUCCAUUGCUUGUAUCAGGUUUCAUGUCGCAGAAAAGAAGAUCGAACUGAAGCAUGAGCUAGGCUCAGCAUACUAUGAAAUGGGGUUUCAUAGGAUCGGCGAGGAUUUAGCACUGACAUGGACGAAGGAUGAGGAGACGAAAUUCAACAGCACUGUCCAGGACAACAUGCCUGCGUCUAAGAACAAGCUCUGGGACAAGCUGCUUGCCGUCUUGCAUGCCAAAGGCAAAGAAGGCCUUGUGAGUUAUUACCACAAUGUUUUCCAGGUCUGGCGACGGGCCUACCAGAACCGCCUGGCUGGAAAUGCUGAUAGUGAUGACGAUUCCAUAGAGCCUGGUUUCCUAUACUUUCGUCAAGGUGGUGAUCGGAGCCGCUCCAGGUCAGCUGCUUCUUCCAGGAAACGGAGGAGAUCUUAGGAGACUGUUUGAUCCUGAAUUUCCAGGAAACGGAGGAGAUCAGCUACUUCCUGUUGAACUCGAAUGAAGAAUAUUGUUAAGGCUGGACAUAGAAAUGGUGAUAAGUGAGGGUAGAAUUCUGUUGGGACCUAAUUAACUUCUCUGCGAAUAGCCGUGCUGGUGGUUUGUUAGUGCUUUGUUGGUCCAAUGGUAAUGCUAUUGUGUUGUCAUUUAGCCUACCUUGAGGAAGGUAGAUUCACUUUUAUAUGACUUUCUUGCAUGAAUGCAAUUUUAAUUGCUUUUUGGUUCA